AGAGUGCACGGUCGACACCAGUCCAGAAACGAGCUGGGACGUGGGGCUGACGACUGGAGCGCCUCUACACAGUAUUCGGAACGAAUCGGUGCGAGUCUGACCAAGGCAGCCAGUGUAUCGCAAGUGCGCACACUUGGUCGGGUCUGGUGAUCAGGAGUGGUACUGUGGUACCGAUAAAUUAAUACAAUUUGUUCCGAGCGUCGAUUAAUCCCGAGGUGUGUUCGCGGCGAUGUUAAGUGCCGCGAAAUCAUGAUUUCCGCGCCCUAGAACGAACUUUUUCUCGAAUUCAAGUGUUCCGAACUGAAGGUGCAUACGCGGCAAAGUACGUGUUUGUUUCUUCUUUUAUUUCUUGACGUACGAUCGUUCGAUCGGGAAACAUGUAUUCGGAUGGUCACGAGGUGGACGGCAGCUGGGUGCUGCGUGUUUACGUGACCGAUCUUCAAAUGGAGAGGAGCUUACGAAUAAAAGGAGAACUGCACAUCGGCGGUGUCAUGCUACGGCUGGUCGAAGAUCUCGACAUCGCCAUGGACUGGUCGGACCACGCGUUAUGGUGGCCCGAGAGGAAUCAUUGGCUGACCAGAACGAGAAGCACUCUGGAUCAGUAUGGCGUCGCGGCGGACGCGCUCCUGCAUUUCACACCGAUGCACAAAACUCUGAGAGUGCAACUGCCGGAUAUGCGGUGUCUCGACUGCAAGGUCGACUUCUCCGUCAAAACAUUCAACGCCGUGAUCAAUCUGUGCAAAGAAUUGGGUAUCAGACAUCCGGAGGAAUUGUCGUUUUGCAAGCCGCUGGAGCCUAAUCACCUGAAAUACAAUUUGAAAGACUUACCGGCGAAGAAGAAGAUCGAGAACCAGAAGAACGGGCAUUGGAACGUCCCCGCGGACACGAACACGUUCAUUCCAGUGAGCCAGAGUCCCAGGGGAUCGACGGGUAGCUUGGACCAGAGCAGCCCUUUCAUGUGCGCGCCGGUCACACCCAACAACAGAAAUCACAGCACGCCGAUCAGCUCGCCCGUCUCGCAAACCGGUACCUGGAAGAGGAACAACAACUCGUCAGGUUUUGGUAGCACCGGCUCGUUCAACGCCAACAAUAGCACUAUGAGUCUGGAGGUGCUGAACGGAGGAUUGUCCGAGUCGCUGGCCCAGAGUCCCGCCACGAUCUCGCCGGAAGUGCGCGGAAAAUUGAUCAGGCCGAAGAAUCUCGUGGAACGCGCCAGGAUGAACGUUGCCUGGCUCGACUCGUCCCUGUCGAUCAUGGAGCAGGGAAUACGCGAAUUCGAUACCCUCAGGCUGAAGUUCAAGUUCUAUUCGUUCUACGACCUGAACCCGAAAACCGACGCCGUCAGGAUCAACAUGAUUUACGAGCAGGCCAAAUGGCAGCUGCUCGCCGAGGAGAUCGACUGCACCGAGGAGGAGAUGCUCAUGUUCGCUGCGCUGCAGGUGCAGGUAAAUCUUCAAGCGAGCGUGCCGCAGCCGAAUUACGACAGCAAUGGCGCCGCUUCUCCGGCCGAGGAUGACAUCGACGCAGCCUUGACUGACCUCCAGGUGACCCUGGAGGGUAGCAACAUCAGUAACGGGCCCAGCGACAUCACUCAGGUGCCCGAGCUGUGCGACUACCUGCGCUUCUUGAAGCCGAAGCGCUUCACCCUGAGGGCGUUAAAACGCUACUGGGUUACCUGCAGGGAUCUUCAGCUCAGGCUAUACAAGAGUCGAGAGGAGACCAACAGCACCGAAUCACCUGCCCACGUGAUCAAUUUGCGCGGAUGCGAGGUCACGCCCGAUGUCCAUCUCUCGCAAGGUCGCUACGGGAUCAGGCUGGAGGUACCCAGCGCUGAGGGCAUGACCGAGAUGUGGAUCAGAUGCGACAACGAACAGCAAUAUGCAAAAUGGAUGGCGGCGUGUAGACUAGCGGCCAAAGGACGCUCUCUCGCAGAUGCCUCUUAUGAGAGCGAGGUAAACAGUAUCACGGCCUUCUUGCAACUGCAGAGGCCAGCUCCCGCUCCUGCGAUCAAUCCAAAUGCUCUUGAUAUCGUGCCCGAAGACUAUGUUGCUCCGAGAUUCGCGAAGAAGUUCAAAGGAAAGUUGGUUCAGAGGAUUCUGGAGGCACACGCUAAUGUCAAGGGUCUGUCUCUAAUCGAGGCUAAGUUGAACUAUAUUAGAGCCUGGCAAUCUCUUCCCGAGUACGGUAUCUCGCUGUUCAUCGUCAGAUUCACUGGAAAGGGCAAGGACGAGUUGCUGGGCAUCGCUAAUAAUAGGCUGAUGCGAAUGGAACUCCACAGUGGUGACCACUUGAAAACAUGGAGAUACAACACGAUGAAGGCAUGGAACGUGAACUGGGAAGUGAAGCAUAUGAUGGUUCAAUUCGAGGAAGAGAAUAUUAUCUUUGAGUGUCAGUCAGCGGACUGCAAAGUUGUCCACGAGUUUAUCGGAGGAUACAUAUUCUUGUCGAUGCGAUCGAAAGAAGCUAAUCAAACGUUGAACGAAGAAAUGUUCCACAAACUAACCGGUGGAUGGGUUUAGGAAUCUGCGGGAUGUCUAUUGAAAAGUCUUAUUCCGAAAAAUUUACGACACUUAGCGAAGUCUAAUUUGUUAUCAUUUGCGGUAAUGAAAAGCCCUGAUCUGAGAAAUAACGCGUCACGUUAGCUGACAUUUGUAAAAAAUACUUAAAUCUAUCAUUAAAUGUUUUAUUAUAGUAUUUGUAAAUAGAGAGAUCGUAUCGUCUGUAUACAACUAGCGCGCUCGCGACGGGUGCAACUUUUAUUUCACGUAGGAAAUGACUCGUUUUAGCGAAUUUAUCGUUUAUCCGAGGUACGAUCGUAGAACGGUUGAUUUAUCAGCAACCUGGAGAUAAACAAAUGUUUGUAAAGUGAUACGGGCGUAAUAACGAAUUAAUUUUGUACAUGAUCACGAAAUAGUCUUUAUUCGCUGAAGUUUCGUCGUAGAAUGUAGACAUAACGUGUCUUACGAUCGAGCGAAACACGCACAAAAUCGUCGACCAGAGUAAACCGCGCCCUUUUCUACACGCGAUGCUGUUGAUUAAGGUCAUGGACAAAUUAAUAUUUUUACAAAGAUAAGCAUGUUAUAUUCGAGCUGCCCACUAGACUCAACCUCACUAGAUAAUAUUCUUGAUUAUUUCUUCCAUCGCCAGGUCAACCUCUCUCAGGCGAAAUAUACAUACGUGUAGUUUUAACAUCAGGGGGUGCUAUGUCGGGCGAGAUUGACUUAGAUGCGAAGAUAUACUAAAUCGUGUAAAUUAUUUGUUGUUUUAAUGUAAACUAUAUAUAUUAAAAAUAU